UUUAUGUUUAAAAAUCUCGAAUUAAAUGAUAUAUUCCCCCACCACGCUCUCUUCCUAAUCAGCAAUCCGUCUUUCCAAUCCCAUUCUUUCAACUCAUUCAUCGCCGAUGGGAAGAAUCUCAAACCUCAGACAUCUCAUCGGAAUCGUCAAAGACAAAGUCUCCCAAUCCAAAGCCGCCUUCGUCUCGAAACCGAGCAACCUCUCUCUCCACCUAGCAGUCCUCCGCGUCACAUCCCACUCGCCACACGCGCCGCCAGAUGACUGCCACCUCUCCGCCCUUCUCUCCCUCGGUGACGGCUCACGCGCCACCGCGUCCACCAUCGUCCGCGCCCUCAUGGACCGGCUGCACCGCACCGGGGACUGCGUCGUCGCCCUGAAGUGUCUCCUGGUCAUCCACCACGUCAUCAAGCGCGGCCCGUUCAUCCUCCAGGAUCGCCUCUCCAACUCUCCGAUCUCCGGCAGCCGGAACUAUCUUAAGCUCGCCUCCUUCCGCGACGGCGCCACCACCGCCACGUGGAUGCUCUCGGCAUGGGUCAGAUUCUACGCCCGGUACCUGGAAACCUUACUCUCUGCUUCCCGUGUGACGGGCUACUUCCUGUGCUCAUCUACCGGCGCCGGCGCCGAUAAAGAUCAAAGGUCCGAAAGGAUCUCACUUUUCAUGAACGCCGAUUUAAUCAGAGACGUUAGUUCGUUGAUCGGAGUGAUCGAGGAGAUUUGCAGAGCACCGGAUUCCCUCCUCCUGGAAGGCAACAAGCUGUUAUACGAUGUGAUGGGUUUCUUAUCCGGCGACUAUACAUCCAUAGUGAAAGAGCUGUUACCGCGACUCGGCGAGUUCCGGGAGCGAUUCGGUCGCCUGAGCUUCGCUGACUCGGUCGAGUUGGCCUGUGAUUUGAGGAGACUGGAAGACUGUAAGGGGAGAUUAUCUGCCCUGUUCAUGGGCGUGACCAAGCCAUUGGCUCAGACUAUGUGGAGUUUGGUGGCAGAGUUGACUGAGAAACUUGAGACUUUGAAGGUUAGCGAACAGGGGAAGAUGCUGACUUUUAGGACGAAGAGUGAGUCGACUCGGUUUGAUCACCGAGUCUCAAGGUUACAGUAUCCGGUCCGGUUUUCAUCAGGAAAGUAUAACCAUUUACAAUGGCCCGACCAACAAGCUAAGGUUGCACAUUGACUUAGAUUGGUAUAAAGAAUUUUUUGAGAAGAGUUUAAGAAAGUAUGUAUAUAUAAUUUGAAUUUUUUUUAUCACAAAAUGAUACGGAAAUGUUCGGAUGAAAUUAGCACUCUUUUUUUAAAAUAAAAUUAGCACUCUUAAAAAUUAAGUACCCUUUGAUAACUCUUAUUUUUAAUUUAUCACCUUUUUAAGCAAAUCUUUUACGAAAAAUUGACAAGAAUAAUCCAACCUUUAAUUUCACCAGUCUUUUCAUAAUACUCUCACUUUUACAUAAUUCCAGAAUAAUCACAACUUUGCACCUCAUCUUCUUUCAUUGGACACUGACCUGUUGAUCACCUACUAUACCAGGGUUUUUACCCUUUAUUUGAAAAUCUUAUAUAAAUAAUCUCACUUGCAUAAAGAUAUAAUAAAAAGUGAAAAGUUAGAUUAUUUAUAUGAUUUUCAAAGAAAUGGUAAAAAACUUGGUAUAGUAGAUCAUCAACAAAAAGAAAGAAGAUGUCAAGAUGAGGUGUAAAUGUGCGAUUGUUCUAAGAUUACGUACAGGUGAGAUUAUUAUAAAAAUACCAAUAAAAGGUGUGAUUAUUCUUGUCAACUUUUCCAAUCUUUUAUCAAACAUGUACGGAGUACUUCAUAACUUUUAAUUUCACUCUGAUACGUAUAAUUAAGAAAAGGGAAAAUGGAAACUAAUAAUCCAACCUUUUAGCGGUCUUCUUUCAAUAAUCCCACCUUUUGAUUAUUCAUGAAUAAUCCAACCUUUGCACCUCAUCUUCAUUCACUGGUCCUUGACCGGUUGAUGACCUGCUAUUCCAAGCUAUUUUCUUAUCUUUGCAAAUCAUUAUACCAUAAAUCUCAUCUUUCACAAAGAUAAUAUUUUGGAAAGAUAAGAAAAUAACUUGGAAUAGUAGGUCAUUAACCAACGACGAGGGACCAAUGAAUGAAGAUGAGGUGCAAAGGUCGGAUUAUUCAUGAAUAAUCAAAAGGUGGGAUUAUUGAAAGAAGACCGCUAAAAGGUUGGAUUAUUAGUUUCCAUUUUCCCUUAAGAAAAUAGGGUUGAAAUUACUUUUGUAAUUUAAAUUAACUGAAAUUAAUGUAGAUAAUCAUUCUAAUUAUUUGAAAUAAAAACUUUUUUAAAUAAAUUAUGUACUCCGUAUUAUUUUCGAUAAUCGAGGAGAUCCAAUCGUUUCGAAUAUUUGACGACAUUCAUUCAAUUUGAACCAAAGGAGGGUAAGAGCAUCUGUUUAAGUACGACACACUCGACAGGAUACCCAGGAAUAAUGGGAGCAAAUCAAGGGUUUAAACUUUAAACUAAAGCCGGCAUAUCCUACAAAACUAACAGUUUAACAUAAUUUCUUUUGUAAAGCUCUACUCCUUCCAUAGGGUUCAAUUUGUACAUGCUCUCCAUACACGUUGUGUAUGAAAGUUCUAUUUGAGUGUAAAUAGUGUUCAAAGACCAAAACACAUCUUCAUAAACAACGUGUAUGAGGCUUAAACAAAAAUGGCGUCUACAAACAAUAUUUUUGGUAGGAUUGAUGUUUUAGUUCCAUAGCGAUCAUUCACUUCUUAUCUUGCACUAGUACAAAUUAAAAAGUGUCUAUUAUAGCAUCCAUUUUAUAGCACCUUAUAAAUUGCUACAAUAGAGUAUCUAUUGUUACAAUAUUGUACCAAAAAUUGUUACAAUAAAAUAAUAAAUUGCUACAAUACAUCUAUUGUAAC